AUGGCAUCCACGAUCGAUACUGCGAGGAGCGGACAUGCAACCGUAAGCGGAGCACUCGAAGCCGCAAAACAACGUUUCGCAAAGAGAAACCCAGUAAGCUUGAAACUUCACGAAGAAGCAAGCAAAAGGCUACCAGGUGGCAACACACGAAGUGUACUUCACACAGCACCGUUUCCAAUCUUUCUCAAAACUGGCAAAGGAUACCAGGUCACAUCGGAGGACGGACACACAUACACGGACCUUGUCGGCGAAUUCACGGCCGGCUUGUACGGUCAUUCGCACCCGGUGAUCCAAUCAGCACUGAUUGAAACAAUCAAUGGGGUCGGACUCAAUCUGGGAGGUACUACUACGCUGGAAACAAGACAUGCUGCGUUGAUAUGCGAGCGGUACAAGCUGGACCUCAUCCGUUUCACAAAUUCCGGAACAGAGGCGACCUUGCAUGCUAUCCAGGGCGCUCGUCGUUUUACUGGAAAGAAAAAGGUUGUCGUGUUCUCAGGCGGAUACCACGGAGGGUGCUAUCUCUUUCCCGAUAACCGCCCCGCAGAGAACUGUGUCGACAAGGACGAUUGGAUCGUUGCCGAGUUCAAUGACAUUGAGGAUGCGAAGAGGAAGAUUGAAGAGUCUGAAGAUGUUGCUGCGGUAUUGGUCGAGGGCAUGCAAGGUCGAGGACCAUGUCUUGUCGGCACCCAUGAUUUCCUGCAGCAGGUCCAAUCGUCGGCAAAGAAAGCCGGUGCCGUGUUCAUUUUAGACGAGGUGCAAACAAGCCGCCUGUCACCGGGGGGACUACAGGAGCUCGAAAGUUUGACGCCUGACAUUACCACUUUAGGUAAAUUUCUGGGUGGCGGGAUCACGUUCGGCGCCUUUGGAGGGCGAGCAGACGUCAUGCGGGUUUACGAUCCGCGAGAGAAGAAUUCACUAGGACAUUCGGGCACAUUCAACAACAACACGCUCGGCAUGACUGCAGGGUAUACUGGCUUGGCGCAAGUGUACACGGCUGAAGUCAGUCGUGAAUUCAACCUCAUGGGCGAUCGUUUCCGCCAGCGUCUCCAGCGUCUUUCACAUGGUACGAAAAUGACCGUCACUGGCCUGGGAACAAUCCUGGGAAUCCACUUCUUACACGACGGUAAAAAGGAACUGAGGAACUACCAGGAUCGCCUCGAGGACAGAGACUUGAACAUGCUGUUUUGGAUUGAGAUGAUGGAAGACGGCUUCUGGAUCUCGCAGCGCGGAAGCCUUGCAGUGAUAUUAGGAACACCCUGGGAAGAGCUUGAAAAGUUUGUUAACAGUGUUGAGAAAUUUCUGCAGAGACACGCAAGUCUGUUGGAGGUACGGAUGGUCGGGGAAGAGAGUAGGCUGUAA